GCAACACACCCAAUAAUCGAUACAAAUCGAACCCUGGAGAGACGAUGCUGAUAGGAGGGGUGAUGCGUGAAGUGGAGGACCGCGAGGCAUAGCGAAGCAUCGCACAGAGGACCGCAUUAGAGUUUGCGACGAGUCCAUUUGGAGCCGCUUACUUGUUCAAACGGUUUCUGAUCCGCUAUAUUUUUGUGCCUGUUGAUUGCAUCACAAUCAGCCGUCGAAACAAUUGUCGUUCCGAGCUUUGAAAGCUAGAUUACAAUUUUGCUGCAUGGCUAAAUCGUCCCUGUUCUGACUAAUUACUAGGGUCGGGUGUUAAUAAAUAAGAAACAAGUAAGCAAAGAGGUUACGACGUUUGGAACCGAAUUACAUCCGAGAAGAAGAAAAAGAAAUAGCAGCUAUGUGAGUAGAAAAUGUUGAAAAUACGGAAAGCUAUAUAAUUAUGUAUUAAUUAAAUAUUUACAAUCUAUAGAAUUUUUUUUAAUAUUAUGUCAAUUUACGUCAAUAACUUUGAUCAAAAGAUUUCUAGAUCUCUCUAAAAUUGCAUUAAACAAAAUGAGCUGGGUUCUGUCCACACAAAAAACCUCGGCUAGAACAAUAACAACAGAUUGUGAUAAAUUUAUUCUUAAAACUUAUCAAUUGAAAAACUUUGAACUAAUAAAUAAAAUUCAAAACAUGUAUAAUUCUAGUAUGGAAAGAAAAGCAACUUCAUGUUAUUGUAAAAAGUUGGGAGAAAAUAAAUAAAUACCUUCCUCCAUUAAACAAAUGGAACAUUCAUCCGACUUACGCCUACCCAAUAAACAAAGAGAAGGUUAAAUUAAAUUUUGAUUAUAACUCAGGGUCCCUGGCAAAGAUGGCUGGCAUUAGUAUUAAUAAAACGUUUGAAAGCAAAAUCUUUUUUAACAAAUCAGACGAAAACGAAAUCGACAUUUAUACUGACUAUGGUUCAAAAACUAGAAAGAUGCAUAAGGAUAGAAAUAGGGAAGAUUUUGAUACAGAACCGGAGAAUGCAGUAGGCUGCGCGAUAUUUAAAAUCGCAAUACAAGACGGCGAUCCGAAUCAUAUUGCACUCAUAUCAGCGAUCAAAAAUGGAGAGUUCGAAAACGCAAGGGAAAUUUUGAUAUUCGAUCGCGAAAAUAAAUACGUAGGUCCAUUAGGUGUCCUUCAAGUGACAGCCCUGCAGAUGGCUGCGUGGCAAGGAAACGUAGGUCUGUUGAACCAACUUCACGGAAGAGGCGCCGAUAUAAACAGCAAAGAUAAAAUUGGUAGAUGCGCACUUUAUUACGCGGCGUACAGCGGUAAUACUGAUGUGACAAAGUGGCUUCUUGCACAUGGAGGACGCGUUAAUAUCAAAAUCGGUAUUUACUCAUCUGAGACCAACAUCCCUAAUGAUAUACGUACCGCGAACAAGCAAUAUAGCCCGUUAGAAAGACAGUUGCCAAUACCCGAUUGCAAGGGAAGAACACCGUUGCAUUAUGCGGUGGAGAAUAAUCACGCAGAUGUUGUAGGCGUUUUAGUGGAACACUGUGCAAAUGUGAAUGUUGAAGACGACAGCAAGAUUACUCCAUUGCUCUUAGCAGGAAACUCAGUGAAUCGCGACGAUCUUGAUGAAAUGACUAAGUUCAAUGAGAUCGUUAGGAUCUUAGUAGGUCCAUUAGGUGUUCUUCAAGUGACAGCCCUGCAGAUGGCUGCGUGGCAAGGGAACAUAGAUCUGUUGAAUCAACUCCACGAGAGAGGCGCCGAUAUAAACAGCAAAGACAAAAUUGGUAGGUGCGCACUUUAUUACGCAGCGUACAGCGGUAAUACUGAUGUGACAAAGUGGCUUCUUGAACAUGGAGGAGACGUCGACAUCAAAAUCGGUAUUUACUCAUUUGACAGCAACAUCCCUUAUGAUGAAUACUUCGCGAACAUGCAAUAUGGCUCGUUAGAAAGAGAGUUGCCAAUACCCUUCUGCAAGGGAAGAACACCGUUGCAUUAUGCGGUGGAGAAUAAUCACGCAGAUGUUGUAGACGUUUUAGUGGAACACUAUGCAAAUGUGAAUGUUGAAGACGACAGAAAGAUUACUCCAUUGCUCUUAGCAGUAGGUCCAUUAGGUGUUCUUCAAGUGACAGCCCUGCAGAUGGCUGCGUGGCAAGGGAACAUAGAUCUGUUGAAUCAACUCUACGAGAGAGGCGCCGAUAUAAACAGCAAAGACAAAAUUGGUAGGUGCGCACUUUAUUACGCAGCGUACAGCGGUAAUACUGAUGUGACAAAGUGGCUUCUUGAACAUGGAGGAGACGUCGACAUCAAAAUCGGUAUUUACUCAUCUGAGACCAACAUCCCUUAUGAUGAAUACAUCGCGUACAUGCAAUACAACCCGUUAGAAAGACAGUUGCCAAUACCGUACUGCAGGGGAAGAACACCCUUGCAUUAUGCAGUGGAAAAUAAUCAUGCAGACGUUGUGGGCAUUUUAGCAGAAAGCGGAGCGAAUGUGAAUUUUGAAGACAAGGACCAGAUUACCCCGUUGCUUUUAGUAGGAACCUGGGUGAUUUGCGACAAUCUCAAUGAUAGGAUUAAGUUCUUUGAGAUUGUUAGGAUUCUAGUCAACGCAAAUGUGCGCGUUAACGCUACUUGUCCAAGAACGGGUAACACUGCUCUGCACUAUGCAGCAGUGGUAGGAAGUGUAGAAGCAACGGAGAUAUUGUUAAGAGAUGCACGGCCGGAUAACUGCAACUACUCCGGAGAUAGGCCUCUUCAUACUACCGCGAGUAGAUUCCCAAUACUCAACAACAUAGGAAAAACACCCUUGCAUUGUGCAGUAGAAAAUAAUCACGCAGACGUUGUGCGCGUUUUAGUGGAAGGCGGAAUGGAUGUGAAUGUUAAAGACAACCAGAGGAUUACCCCGUUGCUCUUAGCAGGAAGUUCGGUGAAUCGUGACAAUCUCAAUGAGAUGACUAAGUUCGUCGAGAUCGUUAGGAUUCUAGUCGACGCGAAUGCGUUUGUUGACGAUAUUGAUCCGGUUACGGGUAACACUGCUCUGCAUCAGGCGGUAAUGCUAGGCAGUGCAGAAGCAACGAAGAUUCUGUCAAGUAAUGCACGGUCGGAUAACUUCAACUAUUCCAGAAAAACGCCUCUUCAUAUCGCCGUGGAAUUAGGGCGUAUUAAAAUACUUCAGGUUCUACUUGAACAAUUGCCAUACGAGAACAUUGAUAAACGUGAUAAGGACAAUCAUACGGCUCUUGAUAUAGCGAUUUAUCGAGAUAAUCGCGACUGCGUUCAAGCUUUGAUCAGUUAUGGAGUUAAUUUAGCUGCGGUAACGAAGACUGGAGAUACCUCUGUUAGUGUUAUAUUUGAUAAUAUCUCGGAACCAGUCGACUUGUUAACAGAUGCCCUGAAUUCUUGUGUAAAAAUACCCGAAAAUAAUACUUUGGAAAAAUACAAGAAAAUCAUUGUCAACUUCAAAAUAUUGGCUCCAGAUCAUCAGAUGCAAAUGGCAGUAGUCACAGCCAUUAUUGCCGCAGUUUCGAAUAUGAAGCAACUAGCAAUAUUACAGCAUCCAGUUGUGGAGACGUUUCUCAGAUUAAAGUGGAAGAGAUUAAGAAUAUUUUUCUUUGUUCUUAUACUCAUACACUUGUUCUUUGCUAUUUCUCUUUCAAAGUAUGCUUUAAUGUUUUCACAAAACGAUACAGAUCAUGUGGUGACCCGAAGAAUCAUAGCGAUCUGUUCUUGCAUAUUUUUACUUUACAAUACGAUUCAAAUUAUAUUAGAACCAAAGAAUUAUUUGAGACAAUUAGAAACAUGGUUGUCAAUCAUAUGCGCUAUGUUAUCUUUGAUAACGUCGAUAGCGGGAGAGAUUGUAAAGUGUCCAAAGGAAGAAAUUAAGUCUCUAAGGCAUUGCAUGGACUGGAUGCUACAUUCCAUCAGCAUCGCAAUUUUGCUGAGUUGGAUGCAAAUGAUGUUGUUAAUUAGCCGAGUUCUAAUGUGGGGAGAUUACGCGCUCAUGUUUUACACGGUGUUGAAGAACAUUCUAAAGGUUCUGUUAGCAUUUGGUUCCUUGAUUAUUGGAUUCGCAUUAAGUUUUGCCGUUUUGUUUCACGGAAACCAGAAAUUUCACGAGUUCAAGAGUUCUAUUAUAAAAACUGUGGUUAUGAUGAUGGGCGAGUAUGAGUACGAGAAGCUGUUUGGCACUAAGAACGAUGAGAGUACUUUUCUAUCAGGCACAAAGAGAAUCGUGUUCAUCGUCUUCGUCAUCUUUGUCAGUAUCGUUCUCAUUAAUCUCAUGACCGGUCUGGCAGUCAACGACAUUCAAGGUCUUGAAAAAGAGGGCCACACACGUCGAUUAAUGAAACAAGCACAAUUUGUCGCACAUCUAGAAAAAGUGAUGUCACACCGAACCUUUUGCAGCGAUUGGUUACCUUGUCACUUAAAAAAUUUCCUGAGAUCGAGAGUCGAAAUAAAAACAGAAAUUACGCUGGUUUAUAAUAAAAAAAAUAUAAAUGUAAGCACUUAUUCUUUGGAGCCUCCGAAUAGGAUUCCGGUCCAUCUAAAAGAAGCUUUAUUUCUGUUAGUCAGGAAAUCUUUCAAGAACGAUAAGUAUGAAUUAUAUACAAUUAUACAAAUUAGCGUACAUUUUUCUAUGUUUUGGAAAUUGGAAUUAUGUCUAACGUAGAUCCGUAUAAUUAUGUUUUAGUUUAGCAGACAGAAACAGAAUUGGCGAUACAACCUUAACCCAAGUAGUACGUAUUUAAAAACGUAUGAGAUGUUUAAAUUGUACCAAUUAUAUAAAAAAUAUGUUGCUCUUUGAAAUAACUAAUGUCAAAACUUU